AGGGGUUUUCUUUCACUUCAGUUUCUCCAAAUGAUCUACAAUCUUUUAGAAUUACAGUAGUCAAAGACAGGCUUUUACCAAUGUUUUAUCGAACUACCAUCUCUUUCAGAAGACCUCAGAACGCCCUGUGACUGAAUCCUUUUUGCCAAAAAUUUCCAUUGCAAGUGAGUCACCGCACCCUAUCUCCCCUCGUUUACGUAUGAUACGUUUAGCAUUAUAGAAAUUCAGAUUAAACCGCAUUUUUUGAUGGGGGAAAGUGUAAUGCUAUUUAGAAUGAAGUAGUUAACCAAGACUUUUGCAAGCAAUUUAUUUUGCAGUCAGGGGCUACUGACAGAUAUCUGUCAGAUAAGGCAACUAAACACUCGCUACGGUUUGGAGACUUGCGCUGAUCGUAAAUCCGCGUAUAAGCGCCCCCUUCUAAGGAGUACCUCUCUUUAACAUUCACAUAUAGUGAUUGAUGACUCCCCCCUCCCUCCUAUCCAUGGAAGGAGUGUUCCUAUCCUCAAGUGUGAAUCGGUUACAAAGAGGAUCAGCUUAGAGUAGAGAACUAACGAUUUUCUUUUAAAUGAAAUUGACAAUGAAUUAAUCUUUCAAAAAUCUUUUUUUGUUGCAUACGAUCUGGAAAAGUAAUUAGAAGCUCAUCAGUGCGUCGUUGAAUUGAGGGCCUCUCUAAAUCAGUCGAAAAUCUAGUGAGGGCCUCUCGUUCUUUCAUUAGAGUUUUGACGGUACCUCCCAUGCAAUAAAACGAUUGGCAAUGGUUUGAUUCGUAUAACUCCCUUCAGCUUUAGUUCUUAAUACUUUUAGGCCUAGAUAUGAUUGAUUUGAUUUGAUUUGAUUUGAUUUAAUUUAAUUCAAAUUCUAUUACAUUUCGAAAAGCUAGUUUGUUAUAUAAAUUAAAAACAAAUCAACUAAAGAACGCAACAACAACAAUAACAUUAUUUAAAAGACAAUAUUUAAAAGACAAAUCGAAGCAGAAUUCUUAAGGAGGAGCCUUCAAAGUAGGUUAACUAACGAGUGAAGGCCCCCUUUUGUUUCAGCGAUCUAUAUGUUAAUCUAUAAAUAUGUCUCGUUGAAUUAAAUUAAAUUACUUUAUGGACUAAACAAGAAAUUUUGCAAAGCUCACUGAUUGCAUCGCUAGCUCAGGCCAGUCAGGAAAGUAAAGUGAUAUUUUUAUUUUUGCGCAAAAGCAACGUGCGCAAAAAACAACAUUAAAACUGCUAUCUUUUAUUGAUUGACCCGUAGAAAGCUAUAUUACUAAGGGCAACCAGGUAAAAGUCGCUAACAAGCUAUGUGUAAAGGAAACUUUGGCGUAGCUCGUUUCUAAGCAAUUUUAUUGGAACAGCUGCAGUAUCCGAGUGCGUGUUUACGAGUGAGGUGCAUCGUACAACAAUAGCAAACACCGCUCGUAAAGAAUGCAAACCAAACACAUCAGCUUGUUUCUUUGCAAAGUUUACGGAAUUCAUUGAAUCUUACACAGCCAGAAGCAACACGAGAAUUUGUUUGGAGGAAGAAAUUAGCGAUUAAUGCAGUUUUAAUGUCUUAAACUAGCUGCUUAAAGACGGCUGGCGCUUGAAAUUCGAGGCACACCACAACUUUAUUAUUCAAAAAGCAAUUAUUAACUGUAUAUCCAUGAGAAUCCUGUCUCCGUUGGACAUAUUUUCACAUUGAGAGUUGAAUUGGCCCACCUGUUGUUGGUAUGAAUCGUACACAGAUGAGUUCCCGCCAAAGAAGACGAAGAAUAUAGGCACCUGUGCGACGAAGCUUUUCUGUAUAUUAUGAAGAGGAUUUUUGGCCUAACCAUUGCUUAAAUGGCGUCGCCAUAUGAAGCUCAAGGCAUUUAGCACUGCAAGGGAACGAAUUGAAACGUGCACAAAAUGCCACCAAGUCAACUUUCGGAUUUCCCGAAACAGCUACAGUUAGCCACACCAAAUUGACUAUAUUUAAAUAUUGUUUCGAAAGUCGAACUGCAAAAUGUAUCAUCAAGGCAAACAUGAAAUGAUUGCGCUCAACGACAAAGGAAGAAUCAACGGACAUGUUGGUUAUGAUCACGGCAAAAAUGGAGAAAGCACAGAUCACCGGGAAUCGCUUGAAAAAUUUCUAGCAAAGAAAGUCAGCAGUAUGGAGGAAGAUUUCAAGUCAGUCUUGUUAGAGUAUUUCAACGAGGUUGACAGAGAAAGAGCUUAUUUAAUUGAAGAAAAUAAUGCGCUGCGAGAUGAAAGAAUAAACAAAGAAGAAGGCCAAUUAAAUAAACAUAGAAACGAUGGAGAACGAGGCAAACUGAUCAAGCGGCUAACGUCAAACGGAAAGGUUCUUGUCCAAGAGAUAGAAAGGCUGAAAAAGGACGUCACUCGCUUCAAAGAAAAGGAAAACAAUAUAGUGAAAGAUAAUAAUAGAAUGAGCAGGGAGAUUGGUUUUAAGCAGAAAGAAAUCGAAGAGUUGGAGCACAACUUGAAGAUCUUAAGAGACGAAAAUUCCUAUUUGAAAAUGCUAGCCCAGGAUUCUGGAAAGUUAAAGGAGAGAGAGGAUGAGAUUGCAAAUUUGGAAAGUCAAGUAUCGUUUCAACAAAAAAUGUGUAAAGAAUACAGUCUCGAGUUGGCAGAUAAAGACGACAAAAUAAAUAAAUUGAAGCAGAGGUGCAACGAAUUCGAAAUGGAUUUAGGGCACCAAAUGAAAGAGAACGAAGUGAGACACAAAGAAGAACAGAGAAAUGCCCACAGAGAGUUGGAUGCAGCAAAGAAAUUGAUUGCUGAUCUUGAGAACAAAUGUGAAGCCGGUGCUAGGGAGAUAGAAGUGGCACAAGAAAUGUUGGAAUCUGGGAAGCGGGAAAUACGAGAACUAAGGAAAGAGUUGGACUUGUUCAAGCAAAGAGAAAGCACGGUGGAACGAAAAUGUGCCAAAGACCAGGAAAAAAAGAGAAAAAUGGAAAGCGAAAUAAGAGCAAUGCAUGACGAUAACGUUAUGCUGCAGAGGCAAGUAGAUGCACUGGACAAGGACCUUGCCGUCAAACGAAUGAAAAUGGAUACUUGUCUGUAUGAGAACGAGAUUAUGCAGAAGGAUUUAAAGAGUUGCGAAACAAAACUCAAGGAGCUGCGUUUAGUAAAGGAGGAGUCAGUUAUUGCGGAGAGGAAAUCCCGAGAAGAGCUGCUUGUUUGCAAAACAAAGCUAAGUCAUUACGAGAAUGAAAACUCAAAUUUUAGCAAGACAAUAAAGCAGCUGGAAGAAGAAAUAUACACAUUGCAGGACAAAACGGUACAGCUUCAAACAGAAUGUGAUUCUAAGGAAGUCCGAGACAACGAGAUGCAGCGUGAAAUUCUGUCAUACGUCAAACAAUGCAGCCAGCAUGAGCAAGAUUUGCACAUUGCCACCCAAAAAUUUGAGAAUGUGAAGGAGCAAUUAGAACAAUGCGAGGCACAAAAUAAUGCGCUACAUCGAGAAGUAAAGGAGCUCCAAGAAAAAACAACGGCAUUGGAGAUCGUAAUCGAGGCUGGAAAAGAGGAGGAAACUCGGUCACAGAGGCAAAUAAUUGCUGCGCAGAAACGAUACGCAAAGCUAGAAAAAGAGUUGGCAGAGUUACAUCGAGAACUUGAUCAUUCGAACAGAGAUAAAGAGAACUUGUAUGAUAAGUACCAGCACGUACAAGCAACGUAUGACGAACAUCGACAGGAAAACUUAAGACUAAAGGAAAAUUUGAAGGGAAGAAAUGAAAUCUGUGAAGAGUUAGAGGAAAGAUGCAAAAAGUAUCAACGUGAUAUCAAAGAAAUUGAAGUUCAGCAAGAACAGUUAGAACGAAAUCUCAGAAACAGCAAUUCUGAUUUGGAACACAAUAGAAGUGAACUCGAAUACAAGGAAAAAGACAACAAAAAGCUUAAACAGAUGCUGACCAAAGUUGAAGAAGAAUUACGUGAUGUUCAACAUGAAGCUUUAUGUCUCAAACGUGAAGGAGGCAGCGAUCAGCAGCGACUCGAGAUGUUAAGGGCGGAAAACAAAGAACUUCGAUACAAGACGGACGAGCUUAGAAGUGAAUCAGAAAAGAGCAAGAUAGAAUUGGCAAGCUUGCAAGACGAAUGUAACACUUUGCAACGGGCUCACUUAAAGUUGGAGGCAGCUAAUAAAGCCUUCUCUGAUAGGAAUGAAGCGCUUGAAAGAGAGGCUGAAGAUGUGCGAAAGCAAAUGCUAGAUGUAAGGUUCAGAAACAAUGAAAUUGAGGAAAAAGAGAACAAAUGGAAAACUGAAUUUGGGAUUGCUCAGAAGAAUGUGGGUCUGCUGGAGGAGAAAUGUUCAGAAUUGACGCAAAUUAAGAACGAUUUCGAGCUGAAGGUUGCUGAAAAUUUUAGAGAGCAAAUGACAUACGAAGAAAAAAGGGAAGAUUUUAUCCGUACGAAAGAGAGUCUUAAUAGAAGAAUAAAAGAAUUGGAAGCAGAAAUUGCGGCACUGAGAAAGCACGUGAUGGAGACUGAAGAAGAGGUGUGGAGUUUAAGGAGAGAGAAGAGUAGCAACGAGGAUUACAAGAUGAGAGCAGAGGAAGAAGCUUUGAAAUUGAAGCAGAAAUGCGAACAAUAUGAAGAUAGAGUUCAGAAAUUGCAGGAAGAAUUGAGAGGUUUACAAGACCGUUGUUGGGAACAUGAAAGAAUGAAAUUCACAAUAGCUGGAGAAAAAGAUGCAAAAUCAAAUGAGAUACUUGAACUUAAUGAACAAAAAAAGCAGUUAGAAAAGAAUUUGGUCUUUUUCCAGGAAAAAGAAGAGAAGAUUUUAUCUGAUAAACAGCAAGCUCUGAUGGAGCUUAAGGAACAUAAAGAAAAACUACAAACAAUGAAUGAGGCAAAUAAGGAAGGAGAAAGAAGUCUAGAAAAUGUAAAAGGUCAGUUACGUGGUUUGGAAAAGGAAAUAAGUGAGCUGAAAGAAAAACAAAGAGAGGAUGAAAAGGAGACAGUUAGUUUGCAGUCUGAAUUACGAAAGGAAAAAAGUAACAAAUUGAAAUUGGAAGAUGACAUUGAAACUUUGCGUCUCGAGAGAAAAAGCAUGGGUCAAGAAAUUGACAAGCUGAGUUUUGAAGUCAUGGAGCUACAGGCGUUGAGUUCAGGGAAGAUGAAAGAGAGUGGGCAAAUUGCUGUUGAUUUGAUGAAAGCGGAACGAAAAGUGAGUACUUUGGAAUCACAAUGUAAGAGGUUAGAGGAUGAAGAGAAGGAGAAAGAAAUAGAAAGACAAAUGCUGAGGGAAGAAAUAAAUAAGAUGAAACAAAUUGAGAUGAGGCAAUGCACAGAAAAUCGAAAGAUUCAACAAGCUUUGAAAGACUAUGAGAAGAAGAUAGAAGUAAGUGAAGAUAGAGCGAAAGAAGAAACACAAAAGGCUGACGAAUUGGAAAAUCAACUACAGUCUUUGAAAAGAGAAACCCUGUCGAUGAAGGAGAAGCUGGUGGAGGAGAAAAUGCAAAUAGUAGAUCAGUUAGAGAUUCUGAAAGGAAAGGAUAUAAAGCACGGAACAGAAUACGAAACUUUGAAAUCAGAACUUCAUCAAUGUGAACUUCAAUUAGCUGCUACAGAAGAGAGAUGUCAUAUUUUAGAAAUAAAACUGCACGAUACAUCUAAGUCACGUGCUUCAAUUGAAGGAAAGCUAACUGAGGCGCAAGGUAUGAUUGAGAUUCAAAGGGAGAAGAUAAAUGAACUUAAUGACAAAAUGGAAGCAGUUACGGUCGAUGCUGAACUAACACUCAAGGAGGCAGAAGGAAUUAGAAAAGAAUAUAAUACGUUAAAGGAAGAGCAGCUGAAGUUAACAGCAUAUAAAGUUAGUAGUGAACAACAGAUGAGUGAGCUUUUACAUGAAAAUGAAGAAAGCAGGCGAGGGAAUGAAAGAAUAGAAAUGGCCCUGAAACGAAAAGAAGAUGAGCUCUUAAAAUUGAAGCAAGAUUAUGAAAACCUGAAAGGACAACAAGAACAAGAUGAACAAGAACUGGCAACAUCAAAGAAAAGACUGUCUGCAAUGGAGAGAGAGUAUCGAUGUCUGGGCGACGAGAAGGAUAAGCUUGAGAAACAAAUCGAGCUUGCUGAGGUUGAGUACGAAGAUUUGCAUAAAGAGAUGGAAGAUCGAAAUAAAGAGAAUGCCAAACUUAAAGAAAGCAUCAACACGCUAAAACAACUUAAAGAAGAUGUUGAUAUGUUAUGGGAAAACGAGAAAAACUUGAGGGUUGGAGAGCGUGAUCAACUAGAGAGUGAAAUCGAAGAAUUAAGAAAGAAAAUUGCAGAACUUGAAAGUGAGGUGGGAAAAAUGAACUUUGAGCUUGAAGACAAUGAAGAUAAGACGAAAGAAAUGUCUCAAGAGACGGAAAGGUAUCUAAAAAUGCUACAAGAUGCUAAUAGAGAAAAAGAAGAAGAAAGAUCGAAGCACAAUGAGGAGUUACAAAGAAUGGAAGAGCAGAUGCAGUUGAUUGAAGAGUCUGGAAAGAUGCAACUAAACGAGAUGAGAGAAAUGCUAAGAGCAGCAGAAGAUGCAAAAAACCAAUAUGCAUCAAAUUAUGCUUGGAAGAUGGAGCAGAAUGACGACGAAAAGAUCAAGCUACUUGAACAACAAAUCAACGAUUUGAAGAAUAAAUUCAAUGAAACUAAAAAUAGGGCAGAAAAAUCCGAUGCAGAGAUCUUUCGUCUGAAGACACAAUUAGACUGGAUCGAAGAAGAUCGAAGAGAAACCGAAAAUACAAAAAGAGCACUGCAAGAGGAUUUGAAUAAAUGUCUAGGGGAACUCGAUCAAACCAGGGGAGAAAUAAUGGAAAUCCAAGUAGAGAAAGAGCAGUUAAAGCAAGAGGUAGCGAGAAAACAAGAGGAGUUGAUGAGGAAGUCGGACAUGCGUGCACACGAAGAAAGUGAUCAACUGGCAAGAGCUUUGGAAGAUUCUAGAAGAAACGCUGUUGAAAUAAACAAGCUCAAGGAACAUAAUCAAGAUCUCAAAAAAGAACUCGAUAAUCUUACAAAAGAAAAGGACAAAUUAGAAGCACACAUAAACAGGGGCGAAGAUUUAACUCGGCAUGCAUUGCAUGAUGCUGAAGAUGCAAAGAGGCAGAAACAAGAAAAGGAACUUCUCACGUCCCAGCUCGAGGCUGUUGCAAGGGAACGUCGUCAGUUAGACAGGCUGCUUGCAGAAAAAGAAGAGGCCAGAUCGCGUCUUGAAAAUGAGAACGAGUCUUUGAGGAGAGCCAUGGAGAAGUCUAAAGUUCCUGGAAAAACGUCAGCACAUGUCACUAGUGCAGCAUUACAUGACGAAAAAGCAGCCUUGAAGAACGAAUUGUCUGAAGUAUACAUGAAACACCAAAGAGAUUUGGAUAGAAUCGAUAAAAUAAAAGCUGAAAAUUCAAAGUUAUCACGUGAAAUAGAUCAACUGAGAAGAGAGCUGCAGAGCAAAAAUCAGGAAUUAGAAAUGCUUAAGAAACAAACUCGAAAUAAGUCUGGUCCUGGAACAAAAAAAGAAGUUUCAUCAAUUUACAUUCAGCCAGAACAAGAAUCGAUUUCUUUCACAGUUACACCAAAGACUGCACCAUCAAAGGCAAGUGAUGCGAGAGGUACUAGUCAGCCUGACGAUGAGAGGGAUACUGACGAUGUUGGGUUGCAAAGCAUAUCAAGAAAUCCGUUCUUGACACGUGACAAAGCACGGAGUAAAUCCAUGGAUGAGCUCGACGUUGAAAAACAAAGACGAAAUCCAUUUACAGCACCAACCCAAACAGCUCCUGUUAUCCAAAAGGAGGCAGAUACGCAGGUAAAGUUGGCCCAGCCUCAAUCUGAUCAGCAAGCAUUCUCGUUACUAAGUGACGACCUACGUGCAUCCACUGAUAACCUCGAUACGGUAGGAACUAGCGAGGAGAAUUCAAAAACCAAAGAAAAAUUGCCAAGUAAAGACUAUGUGAACAAGCUGCGCGCCAAUUUUGAGGGAGCUAGUGAUGGUCGGGAUGAUGGUGGGAAAAAGAAGUUUAGCCAACAGCAGCGGUCUAAAGUUGACUUAUAUUCAUAAGAAAAUCAGCCAUAGGAUUAAAAAUGUACGAUUUCAUUUGUUAAUAAACACAUUUUAUGACUGUAUAUAAAUGUAUUUUAUGUAUCCAGAUAUUAGAAAAAAUUAGACUUUAAAGGUUUCGAAACUAGAAAGACUUUGAAAACUACAAGAACAAUCAUUACGUAUAUUAAAAGAAGCAAUGAGAGCUCCGUCACUCUGUAGGCUUUUUUAACUAUUUACACAAAUUUGAAAUAGAUUAUAGCUGAUAUAUUUGAAACUGGAAGAAUCAAAUAACUUUUUCGUCUUAUCAUAAUUUCUAUGUAUUUAAGAAUAUUAAAAUGAUUUAUUAAAAGCAAAACUGAUAUGACUCUUUGGUAACGAAAAUAUCUGACAGAUUUUCGUGUCAAGAACAUUUGACUUUCAUCUGCAAGACAUCCUCUCCAAGAACACACUGAAUACCCCCUGUGGGUUCCAUAUCGGUACACAAGCUUAGUAUAACAGGAAAUUACUGCUUGUAAGAAAAUUUGGUAGCCUUAUUCUGGGAGUUAAAAGAAUCUUCUUAAAGGCAUUGGAAAUAAACUUCAACAUUCUAUAUUUUAGCUUGAAUUUAAAAUGUCUGAGAAUGAUCCCUAAAACUGCUAUAUUAAGGGGUAGAUUUCGGUCAAACUUGGUGAAUGAAACUUAAUUAUUGUUCUACAUGAAGAACUGUAGAUUUUGCCCAGUGGUGUAAGAGGAUCUGCAAGGACUUUUUUCGUCGAUCGUCGUUCCACCUAGCAGUUUUAGAAUCUAUCUACAUAAGCACGAAAAAACCGCUACUGUGUAGACAAAAGGAGUUCGUUUUCACCUUAGGACUCCACUGGUAACAUUCUAAUAGGCAAGCGGCACUGAUUGGUCAACCUUUACAGUCAUUACAGUCAUGUGCUCGUGUUUCUGAUCGGCCUAUUUCGAUCCACAACUGGAUAUAUAUAUUUCUUAGCGUAGAGUUUUCGAUCUAUGUUCUGACGUUUUAAACUCUGAAGAGUGUCAGACGAAAAGCUUUAGUUUACUAAAUGUUUGCCUUUUUCAAAGCCAUUUAGAAGGACUUUUUCCUACAAUAAAAGCAACCCAAUAUAUGCAUUAACUCUUUCAUAAGAUUUGUAACAAACUUUUAUAUAGAAAUGAUCAAGGGCGCUUGCGCCAGGAGGCAGCGGGGGCAGUGGCCCCCUUACCCUUGUGAAAUUGAGCAAUUUUCUUUGUUUUACUAUUGUUUUGCCCUUUUUCUUGGCGGUUUGGCCCCGCUGCCCUCUUCGAGCGCAGGCUUCUCUGGAAAUGAUACACGUGCAUUACUUACUAAUUAAUCUACCUUAAAAAAGGGUUAACUGGAAACCGAAUCGUCAGGUAGAGGUAGCUAUGAUGGGGGUGGGGGUAGCAGUCUUUCAAAAGAAAGCAUUAAAUUGUAUUGAAAUUAUGUUCAAAUGAAUAUCUUCGCCUUUGAUACACAACAACGGCCAUCUUGUUAUAGCAGCGGCACAGCAUAAAAUAACCCGUGGAAGCAUAUUAACCUGCUACUUUUACGAGGAGUUAUAUAAAAUAAUAAGUAAACAUUAGACAUUACGUUAACCAGUUUUCUUAUUCAAGAUAUUGAAGGAGCAGAUGAACGUCAAGACGAUUCAGUGGUCACUGUUUACUCUGAAUAAAUCCAUUUUAUAUUUUGUGUGCAAACGACCAGAAGCACCUCGACCAGAAACUGAACAAGUCAAUACUGUUUUGCAAUUGAUACCUGGAAGUUUAUCCGGUUGUCUGCACCAUUACCAAAAAUGCCUUACUGCCUGAAUGGCCUCUGUGUCAACUUCGGACAAAGACUUCGAAAGUUUGCAGCAGAAGAACUUCUUCCCACCUAGUUUCUUUUUGCGAGGUGUUCUUUUUAGAUACGAGACCAUGCAUCUUUGGUUUAAAGCCAGUUUUAAAGAUUGCAACAAAAAUACCGAAAUUCGUUUGUGCUUUUAUAUUGCUAUGCAAUGAAAUGUUUGCAGUACGUUGUCGAAAACAACAAAAAGUUCAAAGUCGAGUUUCAAUCGUUAGUAAGCAUUCAUUUUGAAAUCAUUCAAUCCCAAGAGAUUUCAAGAAUUUCUGAAUCGAAGCAUACGCUUUUGCAGGUCGGUGCAUCAGGUCGCAUCAAAGCACGUGCUUAACAUUGCUUACCUCUCCCUCGAGACCUUGUAAAUACUAACUUCUGUUGCAGUUGUAACCACUAAUUUCAAAGUUCAUCUCUUCAAAGUGCUUGUACAAUUUGAAUGGCGACUAGCUGCUUUACCGUUGACUUACAAAGACAAACUUUCUGAGUAUUAAGAAACACCAAUUUCAACAUUUGUACACUUGUACCAAGUUUUAGUUCGCUUUAGUUCAUGCCGGGACUAAACACAAGUCAAAGAUUCAUAAAUUUGAUACGUUGAUUUUUGACUGUGAUUUGCGUUUCUCCUUAUUACGGUUAUAAUAAUAAUAAUACCUGUUUAUACAGGAUACGCCUUUUCAGUACAAGUAAAGUACUGCUAUCAAUAAGGGUCCUGUUUAAAGAAACUUUUGACAAAGUAAAAAAUUUUAAAAGUUAAAAUACUAUACGAUUAUCGUGCAAAGCUUAGAUAAUCUAUUUUGCGUUUAAAGUUUACAAAGAAAGAUUCGGUCUGAAGGUCGGAUGACAAUCCAUUAAAAAUUAGUGCUCCUUGAAAGGCAAACGUUUUUCUUCCUGCUUCUGUUUGACUCUUGGCAGUAUAAGACGUGAGCCGUUUCCUCGUGUAUCCUUGCCAUGAUUAAAACGCUGAAACAUGUUUCGCAGUGGUGGAGGGCAAGAAUCAUUUAAAGACUUAAACACGUCGAUCGAUACUCGUUUUUUUCCGGACUUCCCGGUUCUUUAAAACAUCACGAGUAAAUGUUAUUGCUCUAAAAGCCAUUGAAGACUCAAACUGAGGGCUUGUUUCGAUAAACAUUGGGAUACAAAAAAAUGAUUUGUCAAAUUAAGCUUUUAAUUGGCAAAGCCUACUCUGUAGUGGAUGUGUUUCAACGACGUUGCACCUGUAGUUGCAUUGUUUGGAUGAAGUUGCCUAUGCAGUUGCGGUCAAGUGUUGUAUCCCACACUGGUUAAAAAAAUUGUAAGACAAGAUUUUUCAAAUUCAGAUUUUUCUCUAAUGUUUUUUUGCCUGUCUCAAAACUUCUAAAAUGUUGACGCAAUCUAUUCAAUGUUGAUGCCCAUUCAACAAGCGCGGGAAAACCAAAAAUACAGCUUGAAGCAUAUGUUUGAAUCAACAAAUGUUGAGCGUUUUGUUAGAAAUAUACUGUUUGAUUUUUACUUUAUUGGCUCAACAUAAAAUGUUUUUUUAUUCAAGAAACAAAUAUCUCAGUUCCUAUAGUGGAAAUGACGAACAACUGAUUUUGAGGGAAUAAAAUUACCUUGAACGAAAAUAGCUACAUGCCCUUGAAAGAAAGAAAUGACUACCUCACACUUGUUUCAUCAUAAUCUCGUUGUGUUGAUAAUAAACUGAUAAACUAUGAUAAACUAAAGAAUCAUUGAGUUACUUCUAGAUAUUUGCAUCGUCCUUCUGCGUAUUUUAAAAAUUUCCUGGUUGCAUUGCCUGGGCAAACUGGUUGAUUGCUUAGUAUUCAGCCUUUCUUGAUACUCGUAGAAAGCGAUCUUAUGGCCAGCAAUGUUUAUUUGAUGACCCCCCCCCCCCAACAGUAAACAGUAAACACUACACGUACAUUAAAUAAUUUCCGCUCCAAAAAAAAUUUCCGCACCCAAGCAUUAUAAAACUUUCACAGGAAAAAUUCAGGAAACAUUGAUUUUUUUCAAGAAACUUGUCAUGUCAACAUUUCCUCAGCAAAGAUUUUUUCCUGAAACUUGUCAUGUCAAUUCACUUUUUAGCUACAAUCUAUUUUGCAAAUGACCAACUUUUGCAGUUUUUUGCCAAUUUGUAGUGUUUCUGGAGUUUAUUUUCAAGCCUUUCUUAAAUUUACAUUUGUUAUGUUGAAAUUUCAUGCUCAGAAAGUUUUUGCAGCUGCCUGACUUUUGUUAAAGAUGAGAUACACAAUAUGAGCAUUUAUUCCAUCAUCAGUACAUCAGUAUCUAAAACCUGAUUAGCACACAAUAGAACAGAGUGAUAGAUUGGAUGUAGUAACAUGUUUGCCAGACUAGUCAAUCAAUACUUAUGCAACAUUUCUUAAGGAAAAUUUAAUUAAAACUUUUCUUUGCUGGUUUUAAAGUGAGGCUUCAUUACCAUUCUAAACAUAUACAAAUUAUCUUUUAAUUCAUCAAGAUUGACCAAAAAUCGACCAUGCUCUUGGACAUAAAAUUUUCUGCACUACAGAAAUAAAUCUUUCAUUAUUAAAAUGAUGACAACUGUUGUUAGACAGGUGAUGUGCAAAAACACAGUUGAAUAGAUUUGUAUGCCUAUACAUGUAAUAAUUUGUUUAACUACAAGCUCAAAAAGUAACUUAAUUUAUACAAUAACCUAUUAGAAAUUGCACAAGCUUAGUCCUUAUUGUAUAAUACAGGAAAAAAUUUGGUCUUCUCGUUACUCUUUUGAAAAACAAAGCAAGGCUUUCAAUUUUAACACGAAAAAACUUGAGUUCUAACAACUGACUUUUCACUUCUCCUCACACCAUUCAUUCUCUUUUCUGACCUAAAAAUGAAAAAAAUGUAACAACCAAUUAAUAAAUGCAAGUUUUAGGCAAAUUGCAAAUUCUAAGUAAACUAUGAGAAUGAAGACAAAGUUUGUAUCUAACAACACACAUAAAAAUCAGAAUAGCAUAGAGAGAAUCAAGAAGGGCAGAAACACAAGGUAUAUGUUCUGCAUCAGUAAAUGUAUGAAAAUGAAUUCUUACUUGUUCUUCUUCUUCAGGGGUAAAAUCAUUUUUUAUAUUAAAGGUUCUCCUUAUUUCUUCAGGACUUUUCCCUAUUAGAUGGAAAAAGGAAAAA